UCAUCAGUAUGUCAUCACUUGAAACAAGAUAUAAUUUUGAUUAUAUCAAUUCAUUGGAGUAUGAUCAAUUGCUUGCUUGUCUGUGAUAAACCAGCCAUGAACAUUGGUCAAGCUGACCUCUUUGUGUUGACUGACCAGUCAAUGUGACCGUUACUUUUGUGACUGGUAGUCUGGUAUGGAGCAAAAUGUAUUAACUGUCACGAAUUAGAUUUGUAGUGGCCUCAUUUAUUGCAUAGGAAAUUCCAAAAAUGUUUGAAAGUUUUCAAUCUAUAUCUGUGGGUGUUGCAGCAUUUGGCGUGACUGUUCUAUACCUGAUACCCUCGCCAAUUGAUCCCAAACCAUACACAUUCAAUUUUACCUUACCGCGUCUGGAAGGAAGCUUAAAAGUGAAUACCGCACUUACAAAGGUACAGAAACUCUUUGAAGGCAAAGUAAUUGGUCCAGAAUCCUUUGCUGCUGCGAGUGAUGGUACUAUAUUUACUGGGACCGGAGAUGGUAAAAUUUGGUCAUUUAAAGGUGAUAAACUGGAAUUAAUAACAAGAACCGGAAUAGAUCAUGAUGAUUGUGGAUCGUUUAAAUUAGAGCCAGAAUGUGGACGACCUAAAGGAAUGAAAGUGGACAAAGAUGGCAACCUUGUGUUAGUAGACGCUUAUAAAGGUUUAAUUCGGGUCAAUUUGAAAACAAAACAACAAAAAACACUGUUAUCACCAAAUUCGGAUAAGUUGAAGAAACCACUACGAUUUCUUAAUGGACUGGAGAUCACAAAAGAUGGGAUUAUAUAUUUUACAGAUUCCAGUACUAAGUGGGAUCGACGUAAUUACAGAUACGAGGUAAUUGAGACGAACAACCUAGGUAGAUUAAUCGAGUAUAAUCCUAAAACAGAUGAAGUAAAAGUGUUAUUAGAUGGUCUAUAUCUAGCUAAUGGUCUAGCCUUGUCAUCUGAUGAAUCCUACUUAGUAAUUGCUGAAAUGAGCAUAAGUAAAUUAACAAAAUACCAUCUUGCAGGGCCAUUAUCUGGCCAAUCAGAAGUUUUCAUCGACAAUUUACCUGGUUAUCCAGACAACGUCAGGUUGAACAGCGCUGGUAACUUUUUCGUUGGACUUGGUUCAGUUAAAUUUGAGGGAUCGAGUUAUCUUGGACCCUUUCUUGAUAUAAUUGGACCAUAUCCUGCUAUAAAAAGAUUAUUAACCAAGAUUACCCCAUUACCUUUGUUUGAUAUAUUCUUACCACGUCAUGCCAUUUUACUGGAGGUCAGCCCUGCUGGUGAAAUAAUAAAGAGUUAUCAUGAACCAACGGACACGGUUUUAAGAGCUGUCGGUGAAGGAUAUGAACACAAUGGAAAUGUAUAUAUUGGACAUUUUACUUUGCCGUUUGUUGGAAAGAUCAGCAUAAAAGAAUUAACGGAAAGUUUACACGACCAGGAUUGAAAAUAAAUAAAAAUAAAAGUUACAUUCGAUGUCUUAAUUACUGAUUUUGAAAAAUAACAAGAUUGUGGACAGUAAGCAUAGUAUGAGUCGCUAAUCUGAAAUCAAAUAUGAACUUCCUGGGGGAAGAACCUGGUAAGAAAAAGGGUCUAAUCUUUUGAAUGGGACGAAAUAGCGAAGUCCCGUGUACACAUUGGCAUGCACGUAAAAGAAUCCUUGGAAUUAUACAAAAAGUAGAUGGAAACACCGCUGUCCGGGCAAAACUUCUUCCAUUGCACACUACAUGGCGUAUGUCCGUCUUGAUAAGCCCGGUUGGGACAAGGAAGUGAAACCUUAAAACUCAUUUCAUGGACUUCCGAGUAACAAAUUACUUCCAAAGUACGGUUAUUUUGCCCCUAUCAAUGCUCUCCCAUAUUUCGGAUUAAUCUGGUGGUCUGACAUUUCUAUAUUUCACAAUUAAAGGGCGUAUGGCUAUAUUUUUCGGAACCUUGAAAUAGACAAAAAAUGUUCUAA